CAGGUUGGCACUCAAAAAUUGCAGCGCAUCUGAACUUCCUUCAUUUCCAGGUUGUUAACCACAUCAACAGCCCUCGCCUUUAUUAAUUGUACCGCGUUGCCUCUCGUCAGUAACACACAGCAAGCCCUCCACCUCGCACCACAUCACCCCCUCAGUUACGGCACAAUGAAGGGGCACAGCAUCCCUGACACCACGGUGACAGACUCCUCAAAGCAGACAACCCCGGGUUUCCUGCGCCUCCCUCCUGACGUCAGGGAACGCAUCUUCCGGCACCUUGGUAUGGCAGGGUGGGAGGGCGACAGGCGCAGUGUUGACCUGCAUGGCCGUGCCAGCAUGUACGGGGUCCCGCCUUCCAGAUUCUACGGACUGCUGCUGUGUUGUCGGAUCAUCUACGCCGAAGCAACAGCGCUGCUGUGCUCGACCAACCGUUUCUUCAUCUACUACUCGGGCCCAGGGUCGCUCAAGCCUUUGCACGCCCUGACCCCCACGUCACUCGCAUCUUUGGGCCAUCUCAAGGUCAUUCUCAACCAGGCCUCUUGUCAUCAGCCAAGCAGCGAGUGGUACGGUUACUGGUGUUGCCGUGGGAAAAGGAGGAUCGACGAGUAUGAUUGCAGUAACGCUGCCCACUGCAAUAUAUCUCAGCACAGUGGACGACACCGUCACCCGUUGGCCAAUCGCGCCCCAUUCGACUAUGAAGGCGAUUGGCGAAACGCCCAAACUGUUCUUGACGAGUGGCAGGCGGCCGCCGCCUAUAUGUCGCCCCAUAUCAGCGCCGACCAGUUGCAGCUUUCCCUCGUCUGCGACAUCGACCAUGAGCAGAAGGACUCAAUCGGCGUGGCCGAGCAGGUUGUGGCGCCCUUACAACUCCUACCGCGACUCAAGACCUGUUCUGUGCGGCUUUGCGCAACGCCCACUCGUCAGCUCCGGCAGCUGGCCCGCGAUGCAGCUCUGCGGGCCCGCGGUUUCACUAAUCCAUACUACAACCCUCACCCCGCCCUGACAACUCUCACUACCUUACCACGUGAACUACGCCUUCGCAUCCUGGAGUACACAGACCUUAUUACCCCUUAUAAAGAAGUCGGGUGGAGCAGAAGCUACGGUGCAUACUCUGUUUAUAAGCGGAGUUGCUUGGGUGAUGAUUACAUGCGUUGUGUAUUUCCGAAUCAUCACGGAUGCCAGUUUACAAUGUGCUCGGAGGCACCUGGUCUUUCCGACGGUUGUUUUUGCCGCCGUCGCCACUCCGCGUUUUCGCUAGAGUGUAGAUGCUGGACUCCUCCCGGGCCCGCCUUGUUUCUAGUCUGCCGCACCUUAUGCCAGGACGCACAAUUCGUUUUCUUCUCGGGGAACCGCUUCAUAGUGGGCGACUCGAAACUAGGGAAGUGUGGCCACCUUCCAGAGGCACCGUCUGUAUGGUUGAGUGGACGCGACACUCAGCCUGCUGGCUCCUACCCUUACAACCGCUUUGCUAUCUCUCAGUUCGUAAAGGAAAUCGUCCCGGUCCAUUGUCUCGCCUACAUCCGCUUCCUCGAGCUAGUCUUUCCCCCGUAUUACCAUCACGUCUGGCCCCGGCCGGAACACCCUGCGAUGAAGAACUGGCAUGCCACGGUCCACUGGCUCAAGGAUAAGAUCAACGCUCCCGGUCUCACCGUGAGGCUCGUAAUGGCGGAUGUGGACGGCGGGCUCUUGGAGUCGGAUCGCGGCCGUUUGACGGAACUCGAAGGAAAAGCGAUCGUAAGAGCCUACAUGAACAUCUCGAGUCCUCUGAGACACUUAACCGCCGGGAAUGACGGACUCGCCAUGUUUUAUGCCCAGUUCGCAUAUCCCUGGGCAUGGACCGACGUUACAAAGAACUGGGUUAGACGGCAUGGCCACGAUCGGCGCGGGUGGGUCGAGCCUGAAGAACGAGAACUUGAGGAUUUUGCAGAACGCUACGUUAUGGGUGCCCGGUAUGACAAGCUUUAUGGCGAUAACAGAGAGUUACCAGACAAGAGCAUGUGGCAGUUCUGGGGCAUUCUCGGGUAUUGAUCGAGCAUUCUCGUGGGAGGGCCCCCUCUGUAAUAUAGUCAAUUUCUCGAGGACGAGCAAUUUCGUAUGCCUC